UACUUUCACUACAACUGCUACUAUUACCACUGCUACUAGUAUUACUACUACUACAAAAAGGAAUAAGUAAAGCUGUUUUAACAUUGACAAUUGAUUGAACUGUAAACUGUAUUUCUGAACAAUUUUCUACUUUUUAAAGCAUUGUAAAUAAUUGUAAUCAUGUGUUGUUACAACUGACUUAUAAACAUGCAAAGAGAGGGAGAGCCAGCUAUUGUUUCAGCUGCUUAGUAUGCAUCAUUAGGCCUCACUAAAUCCUUUUCCCUGUGUCUGUGUCCACCAGAGAAAAUCUGCCUAGUCGCUUUAAGUUCAAAGAGUACUGCCCCAUGGUGUUCAGAAACCUGAGGGAGCGUUUCAGCAUUGAUGAUCAGGACUACCAGAACUCUCUAACGCGGAGUGCCCCCCUGAACAGCGACUCACAGGGGCGCUUUGGGAACCGCUUCCUGUCAAGCUACGAUCAUCGUUUUGUCAUCAAAACUGUGUCGAGUGAGGACAUCGCCGAGAUGCACAACAUCCUCAAGAAAUACCACCAGUUCAUUGUGGAGUGUCAUGGCAACACGCUGCUCCCUCAGUUCUUGGGCAUGUACCGGCUCACAGUGGACGGAGUGGAGACUUACAUGGUGGUCACCAGGAAUGUAUUCAGCCAUCGCCUCACUGUGCACCGCAAAUAUGACCUCAAGGGAUCUACGGUCUCAAGGGAAGCCAGUGACAAGGAAAAGGCUAAAGAACUUCCCACUUUUAAAGACAACGACUUCCUGAAUGAAGGCCAUAAGCUGCAAAUAGGAGAUGACAAUAAGAAGCUAUUUUUGGACAAAUUAAAACGUGACGUCGAGUUCUUGGCCACAUUAAAGAUCAUGGAUUACAGUCUGUUGGUGGGCAUACAUGACGUGGAGCGGGCAGAGCAGGAGGAGAUGGACGUGGAGGCAGGGGGGGAGGAGGACGAGUAUGAGGCAGAUGGGAUGGGGGGCGGAGCUCUGACCGGCUCGUUUGGGACUCCUCCAGACAGCCCUGGGAAUCCUCUGAACUGUGGGGGAUUCUUCGGCCCCGGCGAGUUCGACCCCUCUGUGGACGUUUACGCAAUCAAGAGCCAGGAAGGAGCUGUGAAAAAGGAGGUGUACUUCAUGGCCAUCAUCGACAUCCUCACGCACUAUGACGCAAAGAAAAAAGCUGCACAUGCUGCCAAAACUGUGAAACAUGGGGCGGGGGCAGAAAUCUCGACGGUGAAUCCGGAGCAGUACUCCAAACGAUUCUACGAAUUCAUGUCCAACAUCCUGUCAUAGACUCAUGUCCCAGUCCAGCUCCUGUCGCUUACCACGCACUUAUUUCUUCUCCUCUUUCUCAAUAAUUUGUCUUUGUCCUUAACUUUGUUCCCCUUUAAACAAAAAAUGAUGAACUACAACCCUACCCCAGGUAGGAUGUGCAAAAGGCUGUUACAAGUCCCAUAUACAAAAACAAUGACUUUCUACGUCUCUACAUCUCCAUAAGAAAACUGAUUAUCCUUUUUUGGUGAAAUUGGUCAUAUUUUGCCACGUCGUUCCUCCUCACGCCAGCACAGGAUCCUUGUCACGAAUGCCUUGAAUGAGUGCGUCAACUUUAGAGGUUCACAGUUUAUUAGUACAAGUCUCCUCAGUAGGUUGCGUUCAUGUGCAAGAAUUUAGAUGUUAUAAUUUCAAAUGGAGGGCAGAAGCUUAUGUACCUCUUUGGCAGAUUCAGAGUUUUUAGUAGAAAUAUCCAAACCUAUGAACCACAGACACUGAACUACAGAGUCACUUGUUUGGUAUUGGUUCUAACUUGCCACAUUAAUCGAAUGGCGUAAAAUCCCUCCAGCUGACAACAAUCACGUCUUGGGGUUGAAUAAUGGCAUCGGUUUCUGAAGAUGUUAAACUUGCCAGUAUUUCUUUCAUGUGAGUAGGUCCCAUAAUUACAGCAAUAUAAACCAUAAACCAGGUCAAUAAAUCUGCAAUCUGACAGUUAAACUGACCUGUCCUCCAGCUCAUUUUUAAACUACAGGCAUUUUCGAAUGUUGUGAUGUCACAUGAAUGCAACCUAUUAAUGUUCAUGUUGUUGUUGUUUUCAUAAUUUCUCUGUUAGAUACAAACACAAUGUAAACUUUCACAGAAUGGUCAGAUUGCAUGACUUUUGACAGUCCAGACAUCAAUCUUGUCUCUCUCUUUCACUCAACCAAAACAGCAAAUUGGAAAAACAGGGAAUAACACAUUAAUGUAUGUAUAAGUAACUGAAUGCAAUAUCAAAAAUGCAUGGCAAUGACGUGUACAUGAGACUCCACCUCCCGUAAGUUGGAAACAUCAAAACCACUGAUGAUAGUGAGUGUUAUGACUAAAGCGAACUAAACAAAAAAGAAAAAAAAAAUUGGUGUUCUGAAUGUUACGUUGCCAUAUUGUUUAUGAAUAUUUUUUGAAAUUUUAACCGUGAGCUUGGUGGAGGUCGGUCUUGCGUGAAAACUUCACACAAAAAGGGGAAAUCUGCAACAAAUACUUGUUUUAUUACCAUAAGAAUCAUUUUUAUAUCUUGUUUACAUUAAUGUAGCAAUUUUGUGUUUGUAUACAGUAUUGUUUUGUUACCAAGAGACUUUAGAAAAAAAAGGUUACUUGAAAAUGGUUCAUUGCAUAUUAAAGGGAGUUUUAUCUUG